CUAUAUUUGCAAUUUCAAACGUAUUGGUCUAUCUUUUUUGUCAACCAACGACUCAUUUAGGUAUCUUACGUGGCAACUUCUGAAACAUGCCUUGUUAUUGUCCUAAUGGUCCUAAUAGUCAAUGACUACCUUUCAAAGAGGCCAACUUUUCAAACCCAGAGAAACGUGUCUUUUACUUUUAGUUUUUAGCUCUUCCAUCUUCUCUGCCUAAUUUUUGUGCUAAUUUUUUUCAAUAUAAAAGUAUUUAGUCUCAGAAUAUCAAUGCAAGCCAUGAAAAGCCUUUUUGUGUGCUCCUUCUUGUUCUCUUUCCUAAGUAUCUCAACUACAACCACACUAGACACAAUCAUUCCAAGUCGAUCUAUGAGAGAUGGUGAAACUCUAGUUUCAGCAGGUGGAAGCUUUCAACUGGGAUUCUUUAGCCCUGGUUCAUCAAAAGGUCGAUACUUAGGAAUAUGGUACUCUGUUGAUAUUGAGACAGUUGUAUGGGUAGCCAACAGAGAAACACCACUUGGCGAUUCUUCAGGAGUUUUGAAGGUCACCGAGCAAGGAGUUCUAGUCCUUCUCAAUAGCUCAAACAGCAUGAAAUGGUCAUCCAAUUCAUCUAGAACUGCAGGGAAUCCAGUAUCACAACUCAUGGAUUCAGGAAACCUUGUUGUGAAAGAUGGAAAUGAAACUAACCCUGAUAACUUCUUGUGGCAGAGUUUUGAUUAUCCUUGUGACACAUUCCUACCAGAAAUGAAGCUUGGUUGGGACUCAAGUACCGGUUUUGAUAGGUACGUCUCGUCUUGGAAGAGCACAGACGAUCCGGCUCCUGGAGAGUUUUCAGUAAGGAUGGAUCGCCGUGGUUUGCCACAAGUUGUUAUUAUGAAAGGAGCUAAGAUAACGGCUAGAGUAGGGUCAUGGAACGGCCUUUAUUUUGCAGCAUAUCCAUAUCCUCCACAAACACGGGAAAACCAAAUACUUGGGCGUAAAUUUGUGUUGGACAAGGAUGAGGUCUAUUAUGAGUACAGGCUUCUAAACACGUCCAUAUUCUCGAGAAAUAUGGUGAACCCAUCAGGCAUUGUGCAGCGAUUCACAUGGGUGUACCAAAGGCAUAGUUGGGAACUUUCCUAUACACUCCAAGCAGAUCGGUGUGAGAAUUAUGCCUUGUGUGGUGCAUAUACUAGUUGCAGUAUCAAUGUCUCUCCCAUAUGUGCAUGCUUGAAGGGAUUUGUACCAAAAUCUCCAAAAGAUUGGAAUUCAGGAUAUUGGUCUGAUGGGUGUGUUCGAAAGAUUCCAUUGGCUUGCAGCUAUGGAGAUGACUUCCUAAACUACACUGGUGUUAAAUUGCCAGACACAUCUUCCUCAUGGUUUGAUAAGAGCAGGAGCCUCAAGGAAUGUAAGGGAUUAUGUUUGAAAAACUGCUCAUGUACGGCAUAUGCAAAUUUAGAUAUCAGGGAAGGAGGAACUGGCUGUUUGCUUUGGUUUGGUAACCUCACUGACAUAAGACAAUUCACUUCCGGUGUUGGUCAAGACCUCUAUGUACGGUUGGCAGCUUCAGAACUUGAUCAUAUUGAGCGAAAGAGUAAGUUCAACAAGAAAAAGCUACCUGGAAUUCUCAUCAGCUCUGCAGUUUUGCUUGUGGGAACGUUACUAAUUGGAUUGAUAUUGUAUAUACGGAAGAAGAAACUCAGAAAUCAAGGAGUUAGAAGCAUAGAUUGCACAAAACAUUACCUUGGAGAAGACAGGGAAGACAUGGAG